AUGGAGUGGAGAUUCCAAGAGGAACGAGCCGAUGAACAGAUGGAUUUGGUGCAGCGAAUCGCCAUUGGCAAAGAAGCAGGUCGGGUCGCGGAUUCGGGCGGCUCGGAGGUCUACGACGAUGGCGGAGCGGAGGGAGGAGUCGGAGGAGAAGAGUUAGAGAGAGAAUGGGGGUGCCGAGAUCGGUGCAUUCGGGUUGUGAAGAGCUUCUCAUCUGGUAAAAGAGAAGGUGGAGAUUCUGUAGCAGCUUGUUUACCACCUAAAGGGGAAUGGAUUUACUGUGUUGGUGAAGAUAGAAAUAUGUACUGCUUUAGCUACCAGUAUGGUAAACUGGAGCAUCUAAUGAAGGUCCAUGAGAAGGAUGUAAUUGGUAUCACACAUCACUCCCACAGAAACCUUGUCGCGACAUAUAGCGAAGACUGCACGAUGAAAUUGUGGAAGCUUCCUCAGUGGGUUGUUAUGGCUGUUAGCUUAUUAAUCAUCGUGUAUUGAAAUUUGCAGGUACAACAACA